AUGCAGAGGUCUGCAGCUAGUGUUACUGGUGAUGUCAAUCCCGUCGAAGUGGCUCUCAAGUCGUGUCCCAAGAGCGUGGCAUGCGUUGGGAGUCCACUUUGCUGGAAUCGGAUACAAUUGCGAGCACAUUUCACAUGCAUACCAUUGUUCAACUGCCGCGCGACUGCCGUGGUGCAACAUCCACCAAGCGCGGUGUACUACAACAAAAGCCGUAUGCCGUAUAACUAG